AUGAAGCGCGACGAUGAUAAGGCGACCGAGUUGACCGUCCAGUCGGAGCGUGCUUUCCAGAAGCAGCCUCACAUCUUCCAGAACUCGAAGACCAAGACCAAGAGCACCCGACCGGGCAAGGGUGGCCGACGAUGGUACAAGGACGUCGGUCUGGGUUUCCGAACCCCCAAGACCGCCAUUGAGGGCAGCUACAUCGACAAGAAGUGCCCUUUCACCGGUCUCGUCUCUAUCCGUGGCCGUAUCCUGACCGGUACCGUCGUUUCCACCAAGAUGCACCGCACCAUCAUCAUCCGCCGAGAGUACCUCCACUUCAUCCCCAAGUACUCCCGUUAUGAGAAGCGACACAAGAACGUUGCCGCUCACGUCUCCCCCGCUUUCCGUGUUCAGGAGGGUGACCAGGUCACCGUUGGCCAGUGCCGACCCCUCAGCAAGACUGUCCGCUUCAACGUCCUGCGUGUCCUGCCCCGAACUGGCACGUCCGUUAAGAAGUUCUCCAAGUUUUAA